AUGGAGACCACACGGUUACUGCUUGAGCGGUGCCAGCGAAAGGUCGAGGACCUCGAACGGCAAUUGAGGAGUGCUAAGUCACACCAUGCUUCUCUUACUCGGGAACUACAAAGAUAUUCCUCCGAAUCAUGGCAAGCGUCGGACGAAUACCAGGUCGCCAGGCACAAAAUCUCCCUCUACGAUCUCCCAGACGAGCUGCUUUGCGAAAUAUUCGAAUAUGCGACCCUCCUCUGCCACCCUUUCAUCCGCUCGGUCUUGCUCGUUUGCAAGCGCUUUCAUCGAAUUAUUAUGAGCACUUCAUCAUUAUGGACGCGCAUAGAUCUCCGGUUCCCCAAGGACCUGAUGGAUUGUUUCUUCCCUACCAAGGAAUAUGUCGAAACAUGCUUGGAGCGAAGCCGUGGCCGUCUACUAGAUAUUACCAUCGAGUUUCCACGCUAUAUCACCACUACAAACUACGCUUUGGAUCAGGUCGUGGUCAAAAUGACCCCGAUCCUUGGCGGGGAUGCCUCUAUGGAUUUGCAGGAGACGCUCGUUGGUGUAGACUGGCAAUGUGACAGUUCACUAGUGGAGGAAAGAGUCACUCACCUAGAGACCGUGGCCAAAUCCCUCAUUGGCUCCAACGGAGAGUAUAUGCUUCGAUGGCGUUCACUCUCCAUGAUACUCUCAGAGGACGAAUGGGGAAAUUUCUUUCUCGCGCGCAUGCAAGACUACCCAGCUCCGGAUUUACAACGACUCGAAAUUAUGAAUAUGAGGUUCAUGGAGGACUGGUUUGAGGAUGGAGAUUGCUCGUUCCCUACAAUGCCACAACUGCGUUCCUUGAAAACGGAGAGGUUGUGCCUACAUUGGCUUGACCCGGCCCCAGCAACGCUCACUCAUUUGGAUACCGCGUACAAAUUGGGCUUGCUCUUCGAUCACCUUUCUGGCUUGCAACAACUUCGGCAUCUUUGCAUCCGAGACGCUACCAGUGAGUCUUUGUACCAAAAGGAUCCCGUCACCCUUCCACAUCUCUCUAAACUUUAUAUUUACGGAAAUAUCGAUGGAACUCUUGCAAGCCUCGUCACGCCCAAACUUGAAGUGCUAUUUGUCUGCUCAUCGCAGACUAUGGUCAAAAAACUACUACCCAACGUUCCAUUAAUUGAGUGGGAGUGGAGUUUGGAUGGGAGCAAGCCGGAGGGGAUAUUCUCCUCUCAGCGGGACGCAUUAGGAUCCAUCUUCUCAAAGAUGAGAGAGACGCGUCGCUUAUACUUGCAAGGGUUUAAAGCAGGUAUGAUAGAUGAGAUUGAAAAGAAGAAGAAUAGGCGGAAUGGGGGACUUCCGGCGAGUCUCCAGGUGAUCGAAAUACUCGUAGGCGGGGUUCGACAGACGAUUGUGACGAGAACAUCAUGA